AUGGCUCCUACUUGGGGCUCCAUUGGGCACCACCGCAUGCACACUGAUGCCACAGGAGGGCACCACCGCAUGCACGCCCGUGACACAGAUGGGCACCCUCGGACUCUUACGCGUCUCACAAGGGGGCGCACACAGACAGGCACUGAGGAUAGAGCUGAUUGCAGCGUGGGCUCGUUAGGUAAUAUCACCCCCCUGACCCUGCAGCAGCGGGUGGACAUUCUGAUAGGAGUGGCGCGUGCGCUGGACUAUCUGCACAGCUUUGGCAUCGUGCAUCGCGACAUCAAGCCCGCCAACAUCCUCCUGGACUCCAACAUGCAGGCGAAACUGGCAAACUUUGGUUUGCUGAGGGUGGGCGAGGGCAGCCGCUCACUGCAGUCCACGCGAGUGAUGGGCACGCCGGGCUAUGUGGACCCGGUCUAUAGUAUCACUCAUAAAGCCACUAUAAGUGCUGAUGUGUACAGCUUUGGAGUGGUGAUGAUGGAGCUGCUCACCUGCAAGCGUGUUGUGCUGCCAUGUGAAGAUGGAUCACACAUCCACAUCAAGGACUGGGUGGAGCAGCAGGUGGAGGGAGGGGACAGUGCGUCGGUGGUCAACGUGGAUUUCAAUGCACCGCAUGCCGUGGCCUCCAAGCUAGUUGACACUUCUCUCUCAUGUGUCGCGAAGCUCGUGUCAAAUCGACCCACUAUGAGCCAGGUGCUAGUUGAGCUUGAGGCUCUGCGCAGGGAGCUGAUGGGUGGAAGAGAGGAGAGAGUAGCCAGGCAGCUAGAUGCAGCAGUUCAACGAGCUUCACUGGAUUGUAGCCAACUGGAGGAGGAGCUUGCGGUGAUCUAUGGUGCUCAGAAUAAGUAG